UUACGAUAUACGCUGACCUUCUAAUGUUUCUAUGUUGUAUUAUUUCAGGGACAGAGAUUAUGGAGUUCGUAACUACCGGGACAGUUAUCACGAGAGGAAUGAAUACGAGCCCCGAGGCCGGGGUAGGUCGGAUAUGGUCUCCGAUAGGAUCGGAGCUUCACCCUUCGACGCAAUCAUCGACUUCGCCAGGAGGCACGACGGAGGAAACAGGACAAGAGAUCGUGAAGUCAAGCAUGAGAUGUUUGUUUCUAAUGAUCAAGUUGGGUCCAUCAUCGGCAAAAAGGGAUGUAAGAUCAAUGAAAUACGUAGUAUGUCUGGAGCAAGCAUAAACAUCACGGAAGUUGGUUCCGGAGGUUCUAAGAGGGGGGAUAAACGAGAGUUUGUCGGAGAUCCGGAUAGAGAGAGGGUCAUAGAGAUUUUUGGAUCUCCUGAACAAGUGGCAAUUGCCAAAAGUUUGAUCAACGUUGCCGUGGAACUCGCUGAUUCAGAAAGGGCGACUGUUAUCAACCCCUCCCUACCCCUACCUUCACAUUCACCCCACUCCUGCCUUCCUAAGUUCCUACCCACAAUCCCUCCUUCCUGGUCAGUUAACCCCGACCCCAACCAUUUUCCACAAUCUGCUCUACCAGUGUAAACCUUACCCAAUAUACGAUAAUAGUGAACUAUUAAUCAAAUCAUCCGAUUUCACCCAAUUUUUUAAUCAAAUUCAUAACAGUGAGUCAAACCUAUAUUUCCGUACUUCCUUCUCCCAAUACCCAUACCAUUUUCUACACAGUACAAACCCCCUGUGAACCAACCAAAUCAUCAGGACUUGACCCUUUCCUCCACCCCUACUGCUCUACAGAUAAAAAUCAACACCACAUUCUACACAAUGCAGUUACUUUUCCCACGCCACGUUCCAUUUUUAAAAUCACAUUAAUAUGCAAAAAAGCAAAUCCCAAAUGUUUUUAAAAAUCUAAAGAUUUUAAUGCGAAGAAUACGGUUUCAUCCGUUUCGAAAUAUCCAGCUGAUCAUAUCCAUUUCCAAAUAUCCAGCCUAUCAGAACUAUAAAAGCUGAAACCUUAUUCCCAAGUGAGCCAGCCCCUUUACCAAGUUGUGACACCUUUCCAUGUCAUAGCUGAUAUUUAUCUCAGUGUCAACUGACACCAAUUUUCCAUUAUAACUUAGUUGACACCAUUAUCACCUUUUCCAUUUCCUCAUUAGACGUGACGACAGGAGACGAGAUACCAGGGACAGGUCCAGGUCCAGGGACCGGAGCAGCAGGUACGAUGACCGGAGGCGUUGGUAGAAGAUGAAAUCCUGU